UUUUUUUGAAAAGGAAGAAAAAAAUUUCACAUCAAAAAAAAAAAUGGACAACAAUCUGGAAACACCGAAACAAGUUUAUAGUAAAUUUCUUGAAAUUAUUGCCAAUGAAAAUGAAAGUCCGGAAUUAUUGGAAUAUGAAGAAACAAUUGUUGAUUGUAUGAUUGAACAAAUUGAACAUAUGGAAAAUAAUAUUUCCAGAUUGAAAAAUCGUUUAGAAACAUUUUGUAUUGAACAACAUCGAACCGAAAUUGAUCGUUUACAAUAUACGGUUAAUGUUUAUCUACGUACACGUAUCCGAAAAAUUGAACAAAAUUGUUCAUCAAUGAUUAAAAUAUUAAAAACCGAUCAACAACGUGCACAAAAAUUAAUGUCAGCCGGUGAAAUAAAAUAUUUGGAUAGUUAUUUUAUGAAUAUUGAAAAUUAUUUGUCCGAAUCAAUUAUGGGCCGGUUAGAUAUUCCAAUCAAAGAUGCAUCACAUACAUUUAGUUUAUUAGAAUUACCGAAUGAUGAACGUGAAUUGUUUGAUAAUACAUAUGUAUUUGUACGGGCAUUGAAAAAAACUGAUAUUCUUAUUACUAAUGGUGUGGAUGGUGAACAAGAAACAAUAACUUUGGAGCCGAAUUCAAUUCAUUUUUUACCAUAUUCAUCUGUUCGUCAUUUUAUACUUAAUACUGCUAAUCAAAAUAAUGUUGUUCUAAUGUAA